CUUCCGGGUUGGCGUUGCGGUGGUGUUUCCGAUCGUCCAAGCCUCGGUUUCCCAGUCGUCGGAUGAGCCUAAGCAGCUGAGUCCCUUCCCUGUCUUUCACUCCUCUGGCAUCGGUGGCUUUACUUCUUCGAUUGAGCACUGCUUCCUCGACCCCUUUGGGAGGCCGCCUUCCUCAGGCGCCUCCCUUCUCUCUACGAACUCGCUCUGAGACAGCCGAGGAACUGGCAAGAUCCUGCUACCCAGAGGGUGAAUGGGUAUCUUUCCCGGAAUAAUCCUAAUUUUUCUAAGGGUGAAGUUUGCAACGGCGGCUGUGAUUGUAAGCGGAGAACAACCAAGAAAAGCACCCCCAAUUUACUGACCAGAUCUAUGAAAAAAUGAAGUCAGAGGAGUUUUGAAUAACUUGCCCAGACACACAGAAUAUACCAGAAAAGUUCCACUGUAAGCCAUGAGAUGUCUGGUCUGAAUUGGAAACCCUUUGUUUAUGGCGGCCUUGCCUCUAUUGUUGCCGAGUUCGGCACUUUCCCUGUGGACCUUACUAAAACACGACUUCAAGUUCAAGGCCAAAGCAUCGAUGUCCGUUUCAAAGAAAUAAAGUAUAGAGGGAUGUUUCAUGCUUUGUUUCGAAUCUAUAAAGAGGAAGGAAUAUUGGCUCUGUAUUCAGGAAUUGCUCCUGCUUUACUAAGACAAGCAUCAUAUGGCACCAUUAAAAUUGGGAUUUACCAAAGCUUGAAGCGUUUAUUUGUAGAACGUUUGGAAGAUGAAACUCUUCUAAUCAAUAUGAUCUGUGGGGUAGUGUCAGGAGUGAUAUCAUCUACUAUAGCCAAUCCCACUGAUGUCCUCAAGAUUCGAAUGCAGGCUCAAGGAAGUUUGUUCCAAGGAAGCAUGAUUGGCAGCUUCAUUGAUAUAUACCAGCAAGAAGGCACCAGGGGUCUGUGGAGAGGUGUGGUCCCAACUGCUCAGCGAGCUGCCAUUGUUGUGGGCGUAGAGUUACCUGUCUAUGAUAUUACCAAGAAGCACCUGAUACUGUCAGGAAUGAUGGGGGACACAAUUUUAACUCACUUUGUUUCUAGCUUUACAUGCGGCUUGGCUGGGGCUCUGGCUUCCAAUCCAGUUGAUGUGGUAAGAACUCGCAUGAUGAAUCAGAGGGCAAUUGUGGGACAUGUGGACCUCUACAAAGGUACUUUGGAUGGCAUUUUAAAGAUGUGGAAACAUGAGGGCUUUUUUGCACUCUAUAAAGGAUUUUGGCCAAACUGGCUUCGACUUGGACCCUGGAACAUCAUUUUUUUUAUCACAUAUGAGCAGCUCAAGAGGCUUCAAAUCUAAGAACUGAAAAUCUGUGAGCUAAAUUCUGCCAACCUUUUUACUCUUUCUUCCUCCUUUCUUUGUGUUCCUAAUGUAUUUUGACAAAAUUGUGUUUACAGAACCAGUGGUGUCCAAAGGACCUGCUGAUUGAAGAACAGCAGGAUGCUUCAAAGUUGUUUCUGUAUUUGUGUUACUAUAUUAACUCUUCCCUAAGAGGAGGUGUUAACAUUGAGAGUGUGGCUCCAGAUUGGUGUCUUCUGUGAAGAUGGAUACUGAUGGGUGACAUUCUAAGUGGCCUUCUUUCCAAAUGUGGGUUAAAUGUAGUUGGUUAUCCCCAGACUUGGGCUAUAGCAGAAGGCAUAGACCAGCACAAUUAACGCUGUGUACAGUUAUAGACCUUGGUUCUGAUUAAAGUAUUUAUUGGCUGAA